GCCCUAAAAAGUAAAAACCACAGGAUGAAAAUGGCGGGCAAGGCAGACCAUCACAAGUUCACAACUACACCAUCCAAUUUCUAUGGGAAAGUGAAAGAAGGGAGCCUCAUCCUGAAGAAAUUGCUGAUUAACUUAGCCACAGUUGGCAUAUAGAAAGCGAACGUUGAAAACUAAAGAAUCAAAGCUCUUCAAUUUCAGAGAGAGACGGAACAACUUCAAAGCAUUAAAAACAUCGUAGAUUCUUACGUCUCAGAAUACCACUCUCAACUCACUGUUUAAACUCGCGCGUCAAAAUGGCAACUUUGGAGGAUUCGCUGGUGAAUACUAAGCUCUCUCCGUCGAAUACAUAUGGGGCCGUGGUUCUUGGCGGCACCUUUGACCGAUUACACGAUGGCCAUCGCCUUUUUCUCAAGGCAGCGGCGGAGCUGGCAAGGGAUCGAAUUGUGGUUGGACUAUGCGACGGACCCAUGUUGACCAAAAAACAGUUUGCUGAUUUGAUACAACCCAUUGAGGAAAGGAGGCAUAAUGUUGAAAAUUACAUCAAGUCUAUCAAGCAGGGGCUGGCAGUGCAAGUUGAACCUAUUACGGAUCCCUAUGGCCCCUCAAUAGUUGAUGAAAAUUUGGAGGCAAUUGUUGUCAGCAAGGAGACUUUGCCCGGUGGACUGUCUGUUAAUAAGAAGAGAGCGGACAGAGGCCUUUCACAACUUAAGAUUGAAGUUGUAGAUCUAAUUUCUGAAGCAUCUAGUGGAGAUAAGCUUAGUUCAACAACAUUAAGGAGGCUUGAAGUGGAGAAGGCGAAGAAUCAACAGCCGGUUAACAAAGAAUGCAUUCCUGUCCAAAUUUCAAUUUUUUCUGACUUUUUUGCAGGUGGGUAUUGCAAAUUCUUUGCAAAGAUGAAUGAUUUGAUGACUAAAUCGUUCUUAAGUUAUGUGGAACUGAAGAAACAGGCACAGAAGGACCUCGAAGCCGAUCUUGAUGUUGAAGCAGGCCAAGGCCAACUCAACCCGUCAGACCAAGAAAACCUCUCUCAGUUUUUCCAAGAAGUCACACCAAUCAAGAGCGAUAUGGAAGAGAUCACCAAUCUCUUGUAUGAUCUUCAGAGCCUGAAUGAAGAGGCAAAGUCCACCCACAGUGCCAAGAUCCUUCGCGGGCUUAGAGACCGGAUGGAAUGCGAUAUGGUGGCAGUGCUUCGAAAGGCGAGGAUUGUCAAGGCAAGGCUUGAAGCGCUUGAUAAGUCCAAUGUGAUCAGUAGAAAAAUUUCGGAUGCGUACAAGGAAGGAAGCACUGUUGACCGGACCAGAAUGUCCAUCACUUGUGGCUUGAGAGUCAAGCUUAGGGACAUGAUGGACAAUUUCCAAUCUUUGAGAGAAAAGAUUGUUGCAGAUCACAAGGAAGAUCUCAAGAGGAGGUACUAUAGCGCAAUCGGUGAGUUGCCGUCUGAUGAGAUGAUCGAAAAGAUGAUUUCUGGAAGUUUGAAAGUUGAAUUGUUUGAGGGGAAGACAGAAUUGGAUAUGGGGAACAAAGUUAGACAUGAGGCAGUCAUGGAUAUCCAGAGAAGCCUGAACAAGCUUCAUCAGGUGUUUCUUGACAUGGCUGUUCUGGUUGAGGCACAAGGUGAAGACAUUGACAAUAUUGAAGAGAACGUGGCCAAUGCAAGUUAUUUUAUCAAUGGAGGGACAAACAGCCUUUACUAUGCCAGCCAGAUGAAGAAGAAGAGUAAGAAAUGGGUUUAUUGGGUUUGGGCUGUGGUUCUGAUUAUACUUCUGGUUUGUGUCAUUUCUACGCUGGCGUCUUGAACAGAAGAGUCAGAAUUUUUUAUGGGGUCUAAAAACUGAAGUGGAUGAUAGUGUUGAGGGGUUUCAGGGGUCUGUGAAUAUUUCCUGAGCUUUCUGAGCUCAUAGAGUAGUUUAUCUACCGCUUUAU